AGACGGGAGGACCCUCUGUCCUUCCCAGAGAUCUAAACACUAACCAGAAUGCCUCUCUUUCUCUCUGCAGCUUGCCAAAACCCCUCAAAACCCUAAUUCCACAAGUUUGGCUGCAUCAAGUGAUUGAUAUGACCCAACCGUCUGUGAUACUUGCAACGGCGAGCUAUGAUCACACAAUUCGGUUUUGGGAGGCCAAAAGCGGCCGUUGCUACCGUACCAUCCAAUACCCGGAUUCGCAUGUCAAUCGGCUUGAGAUAACCCCAGACAAACGGUACCUGGCUGCAGCUGGUAAUCCUCACAUUCGAUUGUUUGAUGUCAACUCUAGCAGCCCUCAACCAGUGAUGAGCUAUGAUUCACAUACUAAUAAUGUGAUGGCAGUGGGGUUUCAAUGCGAUGGAAAUUGGAUGUAUUCAGGUUCUGAGGACGGCACAGUAAAGAUUUGGGAUUUGAGGGCUCCAGGUUGUCAAAGGGAAUAUGAAAGCCGAGCAGCUGUCAACACUGUUGUGCUCCACCCAAACCAGACCGAACUUAUAUCAGGAGACCAAAACGGGAAUAUUCGUGUGUGGGAUUUAACAGCUAAUUCAUGCAGCUGCGAAUUGGUGCCAGAGGUCGAUACUGCUGUACGGUCUCUCACCGUCAUGUGGGAUGGGAGCUUGGUCGUCGCUGCAAAUAAUCAUGGGACAUGUUAUGUUUGGCGCUUAUUGCGAGGGACCCAGACUAUGACAAACUUUGAGCCACUUCAUAAGCUGCAAGCACACAAGGGAUAUAUACUUAAGUGCCUACUUUCACCCGAGUUCUGUGAACCACAGAGAUAUCUGGCAACUGCAUCUUCUGACCAUACUGUCAGGAUAUGGAAUGUUGAUGGCUUCACGUUAGAGAAAACUCUAACAGGACAUCAAAGAUGGGUCUGGGACUGUGUGUUCUCCGUAGAUGGUGCCUAUCUUAUAACAGCUUCCUCGGAUACGACAGCAAGACUUUGGUCCAUGUCAAGUGGCGAAGAUAUCAAGGUGUAUCAGGGACAUCACAAAGCAACUGUUUGCUGUGCCCUACACGAUGGAGCUGAACCCUCGUCCUCCUAAAUUCACUGUACAUUCUCGUGCGCAUGAGCAUGUAGCAAUGGCAAUUUCAUCCAUUAUCAACAUGUAUACCUUGAUGAGUAUAUCAGUGUUGCUCGUGAAUGGUGGGGGACUCUGUAACAUGUCCACAUGCUUUUUUUUUUUUUUUUUCAAAUGACAGCCUUCUGUUAUUAUUGUGGAUAUUAUAUAGCAGAAUUUUACUUCUUAAUCACGUUUGCAGCA